GGUGGCAGCUGCGAACGGGCGCCCCUGUGCGCCCAAUGAUCAUUUGCACGUUAGUCAGUAGUAGUUUAUACUUGCUAAUCAGUCUUCCAAGCAGGGGCGGCGAAUUUUAUCCCGUGUUCUGUAUCCCGGAGGAACAGUCAGACUGACUGAGCAGCACAUUAUUUUCAUAUUGAAUUUCUAGUGGAAUACUUACGCAUACGGAGCUGUGACUAAUGCCCGCAAGCUGAGCUUAUGCGUCUUCCAAAAGAAUCGGAAGAAGAUAUGUAAAAAAAGUUUUGGAAAAAGUUGGUUUUCCCUCUACAAAGAUAUUCAUAUUAAUGUAUAACUUUAAAGUGAGAUCAGAAGUGCAUAUCAGAAGUUUCUGUGUUACUUCUAGAGUUGUUUUAGAUUCAGCUAUACAUAUUGUGCGAGUUCUGUCACACCAUUGCGAUAUAUAUAUAUUUAGUCGAUUUCUUGUGUGGUAAAUACUCUUAACAAAAUUAAUUGUAGGCUGAACAUUUAUUCUAUUAUUCAUCAAAAAAAGAAUACUAUGACUAUUUUCGUAAUUUUGGCCUUGAAAAUAUCAAAUAGAACAAGUGAUUGAAAUAAUAAGAAAAGAAAUUUUAUUAAUACAAUAUAUCCAACUAUUAUUAUAUUCAUUCUGAUAUUUACUCGAGGUAUCUUAAAGUUUUGAACUAAAGAAAAUUUCCUCGAUUCCGAAUUCUGAAAAAUACUUUUAAGGCAGAAGUGCCUUACAUUCAGAAUCACACCUGUAAUAAAUUUUCAACAUCUUUUUUAGCCACCGUACUAUUUGAUUAGUCUGGUAUCCGAUAUUUAAUAAUUCAUUAGAAGAUUAUUCAUAUAUUUUAAAUUGAUCUGCACUUUAAUCGUGCUGAAAGUAUAAAUAAUAAUCUGUGAAUCAAUAAGGCAAUUUCACAUCUUGUGCCUUAAAUGGUUUAUUUAAUUCGGAAAAAUGGAAAACAAGGAGAAAAAUGUAUAUAAUGGAAGAUUUCUUCUGUUUUUUAACGAGGCCUGCGUUUUGUGAAUUUUUCUUUGGAUAGAAAUUCUCUAAUAACCAAAUUGAUUAAUUUUUAUUAUUGGAAAAAGAAAAGAAAAAGAGACUUAUUUAAUGACUGAAAAAUAGAUUUGGAUACGAACUUUAAAGACUUGGUUGAAUGUCACUGAGGUUUGGUCACUGAUGCUGUAAUUCCCUUUUUGUGAUGUCUUCGCCAUGGCUAAAGUUAUGGACCAACAUCUGUCGGAAGAAGCCAGUAGCGACAAUGAAGAAAUUAACAAGCUAUUCCCGAGGUGUCGGCCACGCAGCGCUGUCUCCACCAGUGAUUUCAAUCAAAACAACGUUACUAUCAACAAUAAUCUCAAGGACCAUAGAAAACUGUCAACUGCGAGCAGUGACAGUACUAUGAGCAGCAGUAUUAUGGACAAAGCAAAUGACAACUAUCUACCCCACAAUAGUCAGGAACAUCAGGAAGUAGUGGGACGUCCUGGUUCCGACAUGAGUGAAACGUCUUCCUGUUGUGGAGGGGAUCAGCAGCAGUCUCUGCCGCCACCCCCUCCAGCCGAAGUGACUGAAGACCACUCGGUUAUAAGCGCCUAUGAUUACUGUGAUUACGACAAUGGUUUGCUGUGCACAAACACCUCCUCCGCCAACAAUAAGGAAGAGGUUCGCAGCAAUUCCACUUCUUCCAUUACCUGUGACAGACGUGAUUUCAAUGAAGAUGUUGUUUAUGAUCCUGAACUAGAUGUAGGAUAUCACAUGGACCCUGGUUUCUGCCUUCGUGAGAGUCGUAUUGAAAUUGCUGGAGGUAGGGAAAUAUUUUCUAAAAGUCGAAGCAAGCCUUCAAAAAAACGGCACAGUGAUGAAGUGACGUUUCACCACCAGAGAGUGUCUCAUGAUCAUAACCAGGUGGGAUGUAAUAGCAUUAACACCUCUAAAUCACAAGACUUCAAACGGUUUAGUGCGGACGUUAUGUAUGACGAUAAACUGCGACGGUACAUGUACAACAUGUGUUCGGGUUCCGUCGAUAAACUUCAUACGUGUGCAAAAUAUCGAACUGAGUCGACUUACAUAGCAGAGGAGAAAAGUCCCGAGCAUUUACCUAAUAUGAAUGGUCGUUUGUGCCUAAGAAAAAGUUCUUCUGUUCGUGGCCUACAAGACUUAACGUCAACGGACUCUAAACAACACUCAGGACAUUUAGUGUAUGAAGCUCCUGUGAACAAUGCAGAGGUAGUUUAUGACGAUAUUGGUGAGUUGAUAGACCAAAGAAAAGUUGAGAAUGGUAGCAGUAAUAAUUCUUACGGUAAUAAUAGCAACCGCAAUGGACUUCACGUUAAAACAUCUGUUUGUGAAUCUGAUUAUUCGAUGUAUCCUGGAGAAAUUUUAGAAUCGCCUAAUAGUGACAAGGACCAGUCUUUCCGUCAUAAACCUCACAUCGGUUCUCUGGAUGUUAGUUCUCCUAUGUCCCCUUAUGGUGGUCUGUGGAAUGUGGAAGGACUGCAAGAACGCAUAGAUAGUAUAACUAAUUUAAGUCAGGAAGAAGAAAUGGAUACGGACUCUGAACCCACUUCUCCUGUGAAACAGGGAAUUGCUCGUCUUAUUGGCAAUGUUCCUAUUGCGGAAUAUGAAGGUUCGCCUCGACGCUAUGGUCCGCGACCUGGGUAUCCUCACCGCGUAGCUUCGGAGUUUAAUACUGAGGCGAACAUUGAAAAUACUCAUCCUUCGACUUGCGAAGAAUUACUGAAGGUUAUAGCUGGGAAUAAAUCUGUGAGUAGUGAUGUACGGAAAAAUAAUCAGUGUAAAAAUUCUGAUGAACCCUCAGAGUGCAACAGUCAUGAUUCUGAUGUGAAAAACAUCCUUAAAGAAUUUUCUACUUCAAAUAAUCAUUGUCAGAGCGACAGUGCUGAUACUCCUAAUAAAGUAGUUGCCAGUUCCCAAGAUUCUGACUUUAGUGAAUUAGAUUACAGACUUUAUCGUGUCAAUACUGGUAGUUCCUAUGUAGGGCGUCGUCUUGCUCAGUCAUCAGGGGGUGAAAACCAGGACAGUCCUAAACGAAACGAAGUAGUAAAAUUAGUGAACGGUGACGUGCCUCACGUUGCCAAAGUUUCUAUUCCUACAACUGAAUGUGUGUCGCCAUCUCUUGAUAAUGCUCCUCCACCACCCCCUCCUCCUCCACCUCCAACUAUUCUAAAAGAUUCAACCUGCGCAACAGCAAAUUCGGCAUCGAAUAUCUUUUUGCCUAAUGAACAGGAACUUAUGUUACUUCACGAAAGUGUGCACCAACAUACUUUGCAAGUCGAGAUGGUUGAUCAAGACUUAGAGUCCAUCAGUACUUAUCCAGGGACUGAAGAUCUUGGAGAAACAGAAGUGGGUGAACAAGUGGAUCACACUCGAAACUUUACCCUGUCUCCUGAAACAACUGACUGUGAUAGUAAUGACGUGGAAAGUGUUGUAUCUUUGGAAGGUAGUAUGAACUCUGGUGGAAGGCUGAUGAGCAGCAUGCCGGUGUUAGAAGACGGGCUAUCCAGUGGACAUAGUAGUGAACCAGAAAGUAGCGAGGACGAGGCCUCUGAAGGUGGAUGGUCGGAAAGUCGAAAGCGUUCUUCGGAUGAUUACGACAAAUCUACCUUAGCCUUGAUCAAUAAACAAAUCAGCAAGAUAGAACAAGAUUUUUGUAAGCGACCUCCUCCUAAUAAUAUAGUAUCCUCAGAAAUGAGUCAUCAUGACGUUGCAGAGUAUCUUUGGAGGUACUCAUGUAACUCCCAGCAUCUCAACCUGCAAGAUGUGGAUUUGAGCUAUUUUGAUGUUUUAACUCAAAAGCCAAAUGACACCAAUUCAAGGUUGCAGAAUGAUAACGUUCUGUUGGGAGAGUGUACGAACGGCAAGCAAGGCUCUGCAACGGUUUCGGAGGCCAUCAAAGAAAUCAAACAAGCGAUUCAGAUGAGUAAAAAUGUUCAGCUCAAAAGUACUCAUUCUGGAAACAACUGUGAAGGCCCGAAUCAGCCUGUCUGGGUGCCUAGGUUAUCCCAUCCUAGUAAAACGAAGGAAACCUGCCAUCCAGAUGGACAUGUAGAAAAGAAUCCAGAUGAAGAAGACUGUGAUACCGACCAGGAAACGGACAGGUUACUUGGUGCUCAAAGAACUGAUGAUAAAGGUUUCUAUGACGACAAAACUCGAAAUUCUUCUGGGAAGAAAAAGAGCACGUCAAAAGAAGUUUUGAUUCAUGAACCAGCAGUACUCAUUGAAGGUGUGCUGUUCAGGGCUAGAUACCUGGGUUCUACACAGUUAGUAUGCGAGGGCCAACCAACAAAGGCUACAAGAAUGAUGCAAGCCGAAGAAGCAGUGUCUAGAAUUAAGGCCCCUGAGGGUGAGACUCAGCCAAGCACUGAAGUUGAUCUUUUCAUUUCUACAGAAAAGAUAAUGGUUCUCAAUACAGAUUUAAAAGAAAUAAUGAUGGAUCAUGCUCUUCGAGCAAUUUCUUAUAUAGCAGAUAUUGGAGAUUUAGUUGUUUUAAUGGCAAGAAGACGUGUAAUGAAUAGUCCAGAUGAUCCAAGUGAGCCAAAAAUUAAGCGCACACCAAAGAUGAUUUGUCAUGUAUUUGAAUCUGAAGAAGCUCAAUUUAUUGCUCAGUCUAUUGGACAGGCAUUUCAAGUGGCUUAUAUGGAGUUUUUAAAAGCUAACGGCAUUGAAGACAGUAGUUUUGUGAAAGAAAUGGAUUAUCAAGAAGUGCUUAAUUCUCAAGAAAUAUUUGGAAAUGAAUUGGAAAUGUUUGCUAAAAAGGAGAAACAAAAAGAAGUUGUUGUUCCUAAGCAAAAAGGAGAAAUUCUUGGGAUGGUCAUAGUAGAAUCUGGUUGGGGUUCCAUGCUACCUACAGUUGUCAUUGCUAACAUGGCACAAAGUGGACCUGCAGCUAGGUGUGGUCAACUAAAUAUUGGUGAUCAAAUUAUUGCCAUUAAUGGUAUAAGUUUGGUUGGUUUGCCUUUGUCUACUUGUCAAAAUUAUAUUAAGAAUACUAAAACACAGACAGUUGUGAAAUUAACUGUUGUACCUUGUGCACCAGUAGUGGAAGUAAAAAUCAAAAGACCUGAUACAAAAUAUCAAUUAGGUUUUAGUGUUCAAAAUGGUGUUAUUUGUAGUUUACUUCGUGGAGGUAUAGCGGAAAGAGGAGGUGUACGAGUAGGUCAUAGAAUUAUUGAGAUUAAUGGGCAAAGUGUUGUGGCUGUGCCUCAUGAGAAAAUUGUGAACUUAUUAGCCACUUCAGUUGGAGAAAUUCACAUGAAAACAAUGCCCACAUCAAUGUUCAGACUUUUAACUGGUCAAGAGUCUCCCCUUUACAUCUGAAAAAAGAUGUUGCAUCUGUCUUUUUGAAAAGGAAGAUGUUAAAUGGUGCCUCCAGUCUCUUGACGACGGCCUCUAUCAAUGGCAGUCAUCAUCAAAUCGUUCACUUCUCUUCAGCAGUGAUAUAUGUAGUCAUAGAUGUGCAUAAAACAGGAAAGAAAGAAAUUUGAUUCUUCAAACCUGUUUAGCCAUAUCAGGGUUUGUGUCCAUGUCUACAAGUGUGAAUCUGUGAAAGCUCUGAAGGCUCGGUAAAAACAGUGUGUGUAUUUGCAUUCCCUGAUUGCUUAAUAUUGUGUCUGUCGUAAAAGUAUAAGAAGUCAUUUUCUGCACUUUUUCUUCUAAGAUAUGGUGGCAUGUUCUACAUGCAUCAUGACGACACUUCAGGCCAUUGCUAGAGCCACUGCGUACCUUUCACUCCACUAGUCACAAAAUAACUUACAAUAUAACUUAAUAUAAAAUGUUCUGUUGAAUUUUUCUCCCUAUCCGUGAUCUGUUUGAGGAAAUAAAUAACAAGGCUUGAAAUGAGUGGCGUUUUAUAUUUAUAAUUAAUAGCGCUGGAUAUAACUCUUCAUUCAUGUGAUCUUCUCUCUCUCUCAUGUAUUCUUGUUUAUUUUAGGAUUUAUCCUAAACCCUAUUUUAGUUUAUACUUUGUUAGUGAAUAUGUGAAUGUUUAUGGAAAAUUUCUUAGUGCCUGAAAAAUAUAUAUAGUGCUGAACAACAGAUGGUUUUUUCCACUAUAGACUCUUGAGAUGAAAUUAAUUUCUUCGUAAGAAAACAAAAAUUUGAUAUUAAUAUUGGCACAGUUUCUAUAAUGAAAUUAAUUUAUAUAGCAUUUUACAAAUAAUCUGUUAGACAUAUAUUCUAAACUCCGAACAUGCAUUUGUUUAUUUUGUUGUGUAUACAAUAUUUAGUGUACAUUAUUUUAUUAUUUAUUGGAAUUUUAACUGAGCAUAAUUUGGUAACAAUAUAAAUUUGAAUAUUUAAUGUGUGUAUUAUAUUAUUUUAUUGUGAAUUGGUUUUAUUCAAAUUAUGAUUUAGAUUAAUAAAUUUUUGCAUUCAACAUAUACUUUAAAAUUUACUUAAAUUUUUACAGAUAUAAUUCUUAUCGAAUUUUUAUCUUCUUUAAUUUACCUAGUCAUAUACUCUUUAAGGUAAAAUGCUUAUGUAUUUAAAAUAAAUAAUGUUAUCAUAAAUAACUAUUUCACAAUGGAGAAAUUUACUGAAUAAAUUUUAAUAUUUCAAUCCUUUAAAUAAACAAUUUUUGUGAAUAAUUUCUAAUGUGUUUCUGAAUGCAAACAGUUUUAUACUCGUGUACUGAAUUUGCUCAAUUCUUGUUUGAAAUUCACAAAGUACAAAGGAAAUCUGUUUUUUCUUACCUUACCUCUCUUUUUCUAACUGUGACCUUAAAGCAUGUGAGAUUAUUUUAAGCAAUCCAAAUUUCGUAAAUAUUUUCAAAUAGUCAUAAGUAUUAUGUUAUAUUUAUUCUUAACACCAGGUGCUGUAACUAUGUAGAUGGUAUAGAAAGAUCCACCAAAGAAAAUUUUAGGCCCAUGUAUUUGCUAUUGAUAUAUUUUCAAACUUGAGAUGGAAAUGGAAUAAUUUAUAAAACAAAACCUUUAAUCAUGAGCACAAAAAAUAUUAGUUACAGCACUACUAUCUGACAAAAAGAGAUUCAAAGUCUUUUGUAUUAAAUCUGGCUUGUUUUAUCAGUUUGAGCAUAAAUUUUGCUACUAUUAUGCAUGCUAGAUUUAUAGUGAUAAUUAAUUGUAUCAUGAAAAAAAAAAAAAAAAAAAAAAAGAAUAUAUUUCCUUAAUUCUUAUUCUUGAUCAAGAAAGCAAUUAAUUUUUUUUCAUUUCUAAUUAAUCAUGAUAAUGACUUUUGCUCAUGCUGCCAUAUUUUAUUUUGUGUUUUCAUUUGCCAAAAUUUGUUUUGUGUGUUCUAAAUAAACAUAUCAAUUUAUUGCUUUAAAUUCAGCUUACAGAAACUAUCAGUUCUGGCUAGCUGUAAUUAUUUUAUUUGCUUAAUACCAUCUCUAGUCACUUUUAAUUGCAUGUAAAUAGUUGCUGUCAUUUUGUGAAGUAUUUAAAUAUGUGUAUAAGAGCAGAGGUAUGCUAAUGCAUUUCUUAACUCAGAUAUUAUGUAUACCUUUUGCUUCAUGAUAUUGAAUUGUGGACCAAAUAUAAGUUAAAACAUAUAUUGUGAAGCAAAUUUCAUUUUAUUAAAUACUUGGAAUUUGUAUUAUAAAAGUUAUUGUUCCUAA